AUGCAAUUAGCAGCCUGUCUAUGCCCUCUCCUGCUACUAUUUCUAUCGCGCUUCAUACAGUCUGUCGCUGCAGACACGGUAUUUUAUAGAUUCAACGUCACCUGGGCAAGGGCAAAUCCUGAUGGGGCCUUCUCGCGGCCUGCGGUUGGUGUCAAUGGGCAGUGGCCUCCUCCCAAGAUCGAAGCCAACUUUGGGGAUGAGAUUGCGAUAACGGUGCUGAAUCUUCUCGGAAAUCAAUCAACAUCGCUCCAUUUCCAUGGUCUUUUCAUGAAUGGCACCACUCACAUGGAUGGACCAGCGCAGGUCUCACAGUGCUCAAUUCCUCCUGGAUCGUCCUUUACCUACCGAUUCAAGGCAGAACAAGCAGGGACAUUCUGGUACCAUUCGCAUGUUAAAGGACAGUAUGCGGACGGAUUUAGAGGCCCACUGAUUAUUCACGAUCCCCAAAAUCCAUUUCGAGGAGACUUCGAUGAGGAAAUUCUUCUUUCCGUCUCGGAUUGGUACCACCAAGAAAUGGCUGUCCUCCUGCCAAAGUACAAACAUGGAAACGGAAUGAUGUCCAAGGAGCCUGUGCCUGAUGCCAAUCUUCUCAACGACACCCAGAAUCUCCAGGUCACUGUUACUCCCGACAAGACCUACCUAGUUCGCAUAAUUAAUAUGGGUGCCUUUGCAGGGCAAUACUUUUGGAUAGAAGAUCAUACCUUGACCAUAAUUGAGCUUGAUGGGUCAUACACGCAGCCAACAACCGCUGAGAUGAUCUACCUCUCAUCAGGCCAACGCUGCAGCUUUCUCCUGACAACCAAAUCUGAAGUGGGCCGAAAUUAUCCGUUCAUGGCUUCUAUGGAUCGAAGCCUAUUCAUGAUGGCAGGCCACGUCAACGCUAACGCUACAGGGUGGUUGGUAUAUGACUCCAGCCAACCGCUCUCGUCGCCCUCUCAAGUCGACGAGUACAAUCCAAUCGAUGAUAUGACCAUCUCUCCCUAUGAUCAGACGCCUUUGCUGCGCAAGCCAGACCAAAGUAUACGACUGAACAUCAACAUGAAACACGCAAAUGGCGCCUCUUAUUACUUUUUCAACGAUAUCGCCUAUUCGUCGCCGGAAGUCCCGACCUUGUACACGGCACUGACAAGUGGUGAGUCGGCAGCACACUUCGCCACAUACGGAAUGCCCUGCAACCCUUGGGUACUCCAACGUAACCAAGUUAUCGAAGUUAUCCUGUACAAUCGACAUAUGACAAAUCAUCCCGUCCAUAUCCACGGACAUCAUUUCCAGGCUAUUUGGCGUUCAGAGCCUGGUGGUGGAGAUUUUCCAUCCUCGACCAUGACUGAUGACGAUUUCAGGCAAAUUCCUGUGACGCGCGAUACCAUAGUGGUUCCAAAUGGUGGUAGCGUAGUUAUACGAUUUCGAGCUGAUAAUCCCGGUGUUUGGCUCCUCCACUGCCAUAUGGAGUGGCACGCGGAAACGGGAUUGGCAGCAACAUUUAUCGAAGCACCAUUGGAUCUUCAGCAACAGCAGCAACUUCGACAUAUCACAGCUGAUCAAUUAACGCUCUGCACCGCAGCUGGCAUCGAACUACCCCAUGACUCAGACAAUGCAACUCUUGAGCAGACAGGAAACCCAGCCGCCGUUGCCAGUGAAAGUACAACAGACAGACAAAGGGCACUAAGCUAUACACCUGGUCUAUUCGUUCUUAUUCUAUCCGGACUUUUCUUUGUUUUCACUGGUGUAGUUGCGCUCUUUUGGCUUCGCGGAUGCUGGAGGCCACAUGCCUUUCAAUACCGCCGUCUCAAGGAGGGUGUCGAGUUGGCCUCACCAGAAGAAACUUCUCACGAGCCUCGAACGACUCCCAAGAGUCGAAGAAUGUCUUUGAUGGUCGAUCCCUAG